UCAUGCUGCUGCCAGGUCCAGAGUCUGUCAUGGGUCCCUGUACGGCCUCCCAUUGCUGCUGUCUCCAUCGCCACACUCUGCCAUGUGCCACUUUCAGGUCUCCUCACACUGCUGGUGUGUUCAUUUUUUGUCAUAGGGUGCUGGCAGAUUACGGGCCUCCCAUAGCUGCUGCCAGGCCCCUAAUCUGCCAUGGGCCCCUAUACCGCCUCCUCAUGCUGCUGCCAAGUCCAGAGUCUCUCAUGGGUCCCUGUACGGCCUCCCAUUGCUGCUGUCUCCAUCGCCACACUCUGCCAUGUGCCACUUUCAGGUCUCACACACUGCUGGUGUGUAGAAUUUUUUGAC